AUGCCUCGUCGCUCGUCGAACGCUCCGUCUAACCCUGUCGUCGCCACUAUCGACAUUGGCACGACCUCGGCAAGAUGUAUCCUUUUCGCCAAAGACGGCACUGAAGUCGCCAAGCACCAGAUCGAGUACUCUACUUCAGCCUCUGAGGCUCCAGAGUCGUCGCUGAACACUGACCAGUACCGUCGUAGAUCGUCGCUUGCUCGUCACAACGAGCCGAUUUUCACCGCUGAAGGUGUGGCCAUUCUGAUUACAGACAAUGUGGAGAUUGAAAACAACGCAGCGUCGUUGGGUCCUACGCUUCGUUUCCCCCAGCCUGGCUGGGUCGAGUGUAUGCCAGUGCACAUUUUGGCCAACGCCGUGGAGUGCUUGGUGGCGUGUCUUAUCACGUUGCGUAAGAUCAACCAGAACCCAGAUAUCAAGAUCAAGUACAAGGUGAAGUGCAUUGGUAUUGCCAACAUGAGAGAAACUACGCUUAUAUGGCACAGGAAGACCGGUAAGCCGUUGUGCAACGGUAUCACCUGGACAGACACCAGAACGGCUCAGAUUGUGGAGCAUUUGGAGCACAUGACCGACCAGGAGACCAAGGACGCCAUGCACGCUAAGACUGGGUUGCCCUUGUCGACUUACUUUAGUGCAGCCAAGGUGAGAUGGCUUUUGGACAAUGACGAUACCAUUCGUGAAGAGUACGAGUCUGGCGAGGGCAACUUGAUGUUUGGUACCGUGGACACUUGGUUGAUUUACCACUUGACGAAGGAACGGUCGUAUGUGACUGACGUGACCAAUGCUUCCAGAACGUCGUUUAUGAAUUUGGAAACCCACGACUACGACGAGGAAUUGCUUGAUUUCUGGGACAUUGACCCGGAGAGAAUCCAUUUCCCGAAGAUUGUGUCUUCUUCUGAACACUACGGUUCGUUUGCCGCUCCUAACCUUUCCAACUUGGGUUUCCACAAUAAAAUCACCCAGGACGCUUACGAUAUGUUGAAAACCAUCUACAACAUUCCUAUUUGCGGCUGUUUGGGUGACCAGUCUGCCUCGUUGGUCGGCCAGAUGGCUGUCAAGCCAGGCUCGGCUAAAUGUACUUAUGGUACUGGUUGUUUCCUUCUUUACAACACCGGUACGAGAAAGUUGAUUUCUGACCACGGUGCGUUGACCACAUUCGGUUUCUGGUUCCCCAACUUGAAGGGCGAAGACGGAAAACCACAUUUUGCAUUAGAAGGUUCCGUGGCUGUUGCUGGUUCCAUUAUCCAGUGGUUGAGAGAUAACUUGAAGCUUAUUGAUAACGCCAAGGAUAUCGGUCCUUUGGCCUCGCAGGUGGAUAACUCAGGCGGUGUUGUCUUCAUUCCAGCCUUUUCAGGUCUCUACGCUCCUUACUGGGACCGUGGCGCCAGAGGUACCAUUUUCGGUAUGACCCAGUACACAUCAUCUUCUCAUAUUGCUCGUGCUGCGUUGGAAGGUGUGUGUUUCCAGGUUCGUGCUAUUUUGAGGGCCAUGGCUGAAGAUGCCGGUGGAUCCAAGGAUUUCUUAGAAGAAGCCAUGAGCUCUCAGUCUGAAAAGUCGCCCUUAUCCACCUUAAACGUUGACGGUGGUAUGUCCAAGGCCGACGAGGUGCUCCAAAUCCAAGCAGACAUUCUUGGACCAUGUGUGGGUGUCAAGAGAGCCGAGAACGCCGAGUGCACUGCCUUGGGAGCCGCCAUUGCCGCUGGUCUUGGCCUCAAGGACGAAAACGACCGUUUGUGGAAGAACUUUGACGAUGUGAUUGAGUCGUUGAGCGCUAAAGACGGUGACACCAACAAGUUCACCGCCGUCCAGGCGGAUUCCGAAAGAAGAAAGAACUGGAAGCGCUGGGAAAAGGCCGUCGACAGAGCCAAGGGCUGGCUCGACGAGGACCGCAAGGAGGACAUUACUAUUGGUAUGACUAUUCCUAUUGGUAUGAGUAGUUCUACUAUUACUACUAACUUUGAUUACUACUACUACUACUACUACUACUACUACUACUACUACUACUACUACUACUACUACUACUACUACUACUACUACUACUACUACUACUACUACUACUACUAUAACCAUACGUAUAACUAUUACUAUUGGUAUAGAAACAUUACUGUUGGUACUACUACUGUCACCAUCAGAUUUGCUAUCACUAUUACCAGGAUAACUGAUAAUUACUACUAUAAGAAUUACUACUGUUACUACUAUUAUAUUGUUAUUGUUCUUGUUAAUAUUACUAACACCUCUACUAUAGGUAUUGCGUUUGGUAUUACUAUUGGUAUCACUAUCGAUAUAACUAUAACUGUCACUAUUAGAACUACUAUUAGUAUUACUAUUACCAUAAGUAUAAUUACUACCACUACUAUCAGUAUAACCAUUGGUAUUACUACUAAGUAUAAUAUUCCCACGGGCAUAACCAUUACUAUUAGCAUCACCAUUAGCAUUACUCUUGGUAUAAGAAGUACUAUUACUAUUACUAUUACUUUUAGCAUUAAACUAGGUAUAAGUAGUACUAUUGUUACUGCUAUUACUAUUGGUAUAAGUAGUACCAUCAGUGUCCAUAUCAGUAUUUGUACUGGUAGCCCUUCUUCUUCUCUCAACCAAACAGCUCCUCAAGAGUACUUUGACAACCUUCACACUCUUUCUAAAUAA